AUGGAUACCGCAGAUCAACUAAACUUGACUCAGGCUGAAUCAAAAUAUGUCAACUGCUGCUCAACGCUUGCUUCAAUAGAUGAGGAGAACACUUUGAAGUUGGAUGACAGCACAAAGCUGGUUGGAGUUCAGGUUGUUCUCAUCCUGGCGUACUGUACAAUUAUCUUAUUUGGACUUACCGGAAACUCAUUGGUGAUUUAUGUUGUAUACAAGUUUAAAAAUCUCCGGACUGUGACCAACUUCUUCAUCGUAAACCUAGCUGUCGCGGACUUGCUGGUUAACACGCUGUGUCUACCUUUCACCCUUGUCUACACACUCUAUGAUGAGUGGAUAUUCGGUCAGAUUUUGUGCUUUUUGCUGCCCUUUGCUCAGGGCAUGACCGUGCACGUCUCCACAAUCACCUUAAACAUCAUCGCCCUGGACCGCCACAGGAGCAUUGUGCACCACAUGGAGACCAAGAUGUCCAAAGACCUGUGUUCUGUGGUCAUUGUCCUCUCCUGGGCCAUCAGCGCCUUGCUGGCUAGUCCGCUCGCCAUUUUCAGGGAGUACGGGUCGUUCGAUCUCUCGCCGGAUGAGUCCAUUCAGGUGUGUACGGAGAAGUGGCCGGGAAGCAGCAUGAACGGAAGGAUCUACAGCUGGUCAAUGCUUCUGGUUCAAGUCGGUAUACCUUUAGCCAUCAAUUCUGUCGCGUACAUCCGCAUCUGGAACAAACUGAAGAACCACAUGACUCUGAGCCGGAACGACCACCAGCGCAGGAAGAAGACCACCAAGAUGAUGCUGACCAUGGUGGUCUUCUUCGCAGUCAGCUGGUUGCCUUUCCACGCGUUCCAGCUGGCCAUUGACAUCGACGGCACUGUCCUGCACAUGAAGGACUUCAAGCUGCUUUUCACCGUGUUCCAUAUCAUGGCCAUGUGCUCCACCUGUGUCAAUCCCAUCCUGUACGGGUGGAUGAACAACAACUACAGGACGGCCUUUUUGUCCGUCUGCAAAUGUCACGGACCCUUGGGCUCAAGAUGCUCCAAAGGCAGGCAUACAGAAGAGUACGAGGACAGGGUUUGUUCUGAUUUUAAAUCGACAAAUGUCUAA